AUGAAGGGCAGAACGCACAUUUGGGUUGCCCUCCUAUUGGUUUGCCUAACCCCGCGUUUUAAAAAUCUAGACAAGGAUGUUUCUUCUCCUGUAUGCAGAACUGAUGAUGUGUACACGGGUGAUGCUUUUUUCCCUUUCAAGAAGAAAAAAUACAUCCUCUAUGAUGUGAACCUCGGAGAAGGCUUCAAUCUGCAGAAGGAAGUACUGUACCGAGUGGCGCUUGCCGUGUACUACCUCAACCAGGAGGUGCGGACACAAGUGCAUUAUCUUGUGUUGCCCCCCUGGUGCUACCUCACCCACUGGGGAAGGGAGAAAAAACACAACAGAAUUAAGUGGAGCGUUUUCUUCAACAUGAAGGUUUUGCAAAAUGUGAUCCCCGUGAUAGAGUACACUGAAUAUGAAAAAGAGUUUGGGCCACACGCGGACUACAUUCUUUCGUAUCGACAUUUCAUUGGAGAUUGGUCCAAAAUGAACGAAAAAAAGAGUUUCCAAUUUCUGGACAUAGAGAAAUGUCACGUGGAAAAUUAUAAAUUGAAAAAAAAUUUAUGUAAAAAUUGUGACUAUAAAUAUUCAGUUGUAUAUUCAGGAAAUUGCGCAAAUGUCAAGGGAAAAAAAACAGAAUGUUUAGAAUUUUUUUUUAUAACUAGCUAUUUUGUAAGCUCCACUCUUUCAGACAUAUUUCACUACGACAUUGAUUCUGUCCUUAUCAAACAUGGCAGCAACAUACUGGUGUCUUUUGUGAACGAAUUGGUGGAAGCAAAUUUGGAGGAUGUUCUCCCAUACAGUGAAGAUUUAAUAAAUGAGGGAAACCAGUUUGUUGAAAAAAAUUUUAAGUCCAAUAAUAACUACAUAAGUUGCCAUCUCAGGUAUACGGACUUUAGGAAAAUCUCCACAUAUGAUGUCUCGCCUAUAGAAAUUUCCCUUUUAAAAUUGCUUUACAUCAUGUUUUUGCGAAAAAGUAGCAUAAUUUUUGUUUCAACUGAUGAGAAAAAGCAAGUUAAAAAAGUGAUUGAUAGGCAAUUUUCUCAGUAUAAAAAUUUUUUUUUUUUUUACGAAAAUGAAAAGUUGCACACAGGACAGGUUGCUAUAAUUGAUCAGUGGAUUUGCAUACGUUCAGGAACAUUUGUGGGGAAUAUCUUUUCAAGAUUUAGCAUGCAUAUAAAAUGGGAGCGAUCUUUAAUUGGUAAGGGUGGUCAAGAUCACAAUUUGGAUCUUUGCGGUUACAGUAUUAACACUGAUGAGGGGUUGCGAAAAAAAUAUUCCGAUAUUCAAGAUACACACCUCGAUGAGGAAGCCUUGCAGAAGCUGCACCCCUUGUACAUGCGCCUAUCGCAAACAGAUAAAAAAUUCCUCAGGACCAUUUGCUACGACUUUGCGCAUCACUACCCCCAGAAUGUGAGCAUCUACCGCAGGGGGUAUGUGCCUCCUGAGUUGUGGGGGGUGAGUAACGGCGGCAAAAAAAACGCUUAA